UUUCCAUGCAAACGAUUUAUAAAGCAGUCGACGGACGAAACCUAAGCCUGUUUUUAGUUGGAUUUUUGCUCUUGAACGCGCAACAGAGUGUUACAUUACAUUCGUGAAACAGAGAUAGAUAUGGAGUGUCUAUCCUUCGAUCCAUUAAGCAAAACGCUUACUUUAAAAAAAACUUCAAUUCCGAUACCAAAAUCCGACGAAGUUCGAAUAAAAGUCGCAUACUCGGGAAUUUGUGGAACGGAUUUGCAUAUCUUGGAAGGUGCAUUUACAUGCAAAAAUGAUGGUCCUUUUGUUCUUGGACAUGAAUUUUGUGGUACAGUCGAUGAAAUUGGAAAUGAAGUGACUAAUUUUAAAAUUGGUCAAAGAGUUACGGUAGAUCCUAACAGUGGAUGUCAUAAGUGUAACGAUUGUCAUGUUGGAAAUUAUCAUUAUUGUCAAUAUGGCGGAUUAAGAAACACUAUUGGUAUUUAUAGAAAUGGUGGUUGGGCGACUCAUGUUCUUGUUCCAGAAACUCAGAUACACUUAAUACCCGAUAAAGUCCAAAUGCAUCAGGCUGCACUUACAGAACCAUUAUCUUGUUUGGCUCAUGGUUUGAAAAAAAUUGGUACAAUACAUGUAGGACAUCAAGUACUGAUUAUUGGCGCAGGUAUCAUUGGUCUUUUUUGGUCUUGUUUAUUACAUCUACGUGGAUUACGAAAUACAGUAACAAUUAGCGAACUUCAAGAAAAAAGAAGAAAGAUAGCUUCAAAACUUGAUUUAAACUACAAGCUAAAAGAACCUAAUCAACUUAAAAAUGAUGAGUUUGAUUUAAUAAUAGACUGUAGUGGUUCUGGUCCUGCUAUGGAAACAGCUAUACAAUUGUUAAAACCUGGUGGUUGUCUAUGCAUUUUUGGUGUAGCUAAUCCUAAAGUAAAAAUGUCUAUCGAACCAUAUAAAAUAUUCAAAAAGGAACUGCGUAUUGUGGGUGUGAAUAUAAAUCCUCACACAUUUCCUAGAUCAUUAUGUCUUUUGGAAGCUAUGGCAGAUCAAUAUUUGGAUUUUGAUAAAUUAGGUAUUAAAGUUUAUAGUCUUUCCCAAUAUCGUGAAGCUUUGGAAGAACUAAAAAAAGGUAAUAUUAGUAAAGCUGUAUUCAAAUUAUAAUUGUUAUAUAUAGUUCAUUAGUCAAUUUAGAAAGAUGAUGUUAUUAUAUGUAAAAUUAUUUACAUUAUGCUAGAAUUAAUUAGUUGCCCUCCAAAUUUUAUCCUAAUUUCAUUUUUUAUAUUCACUUAUUUUAUGCUCAUUUCCUGUUUGCUUUAGAAGCAUUAAAAUGAAGUUAUAUUAUUAAAGCUGUAUUCAAAUUGUGAUUCAUAUAUAUAUAUUUAUAUAUAAAGCAAAAAUAACCUUAAAAUUUAUUCUCAUUAUGACUGUUCAUCAUCCUUGAUUUUAUAAUAAUUUAUGUCAAUAUUGAGUACAACCAUAAUUCUUGACCGAUUUCAACAAAGAAAGUCUAAUUUUGAAGAUGAAGAUUUGAGAGAGGAUAUAAUUUCUACCAAUUUUUGAAAGAGCUUUUUCUUAAAAAAAAAAAAAAAAAAAAAAAAAAAAAAUCGUAUCAAAUAGUAAUAUUUUUUUCGAGAAUAGUUUAUACAUAAAAAUAAAGCUUUUUCAAAGAUUCGUAAAAGCUAUAUUCUACUUUAAAUCUUUACUUUUAAAAUGAGGCAUUUAUCAAAAUCUGUCAAGAAUUACGCCUGUACACUGUUACCAUAAUGAUGUUACCAACAGUUCUCCUGUAAAAAAAAAUCUUGUGUAUAGUGGCGCCCCUUGAACUUCGCGGCAAAAGAGAAGAAGCUCCUAUCCCCACUAUUGAUUUUCAAAUUUUGAGAAAUGUUUGUUUUCGUGAAGUAGACAAUUGCCUGAUUACUUGUGUGUGUGAAUCUAUGUUCAGAUUUUCUGAUUCAUUUCAAACGCAAGAAAUUGCGAUUGUUCGCAAGGAGAAAUUAAUGUUAAAUCAUUCAUGUAUUUUAAUGAGCUUUCGACAAAUGGAUUUUAUGAUAAAAAUAAGGAAAUACGAAUUCAACCAUUAAUUCCAAUGGAUUUUGGACUCUGAGAAAUUGUUAAAUUUUAGAAAAACGUUUAGUUCUUAGUCAACUACUCUGGUACGAAAAUUUUUAAGUAUUGAAAUUUUAAAUCAAAAUUAUUAUAAGUUUCUCGUGCAUUACAAUCUCUGUAACAUUGGACAUGAAUUUCCAUAUUUUUUUCAUAGAAUCAUCUGUCCAAAGAGUGAUCAAGUAAACUUUUCUCUAUUCAAACAUUUUCAAAUGUAUGACAUUAUGUUUGAUAAUGAUUCAGAAAAUCUGAGCAUCAACUAUUUAUUUAAAAAAAAGAAAAAAACAAAAAACUUUUUCAAAAAUUCGAAAAAGCAGGGUCUUAAACUUUUAACUUUAAAAUGUGACCUUGUUCAUCAAAAUCAGUCAAGAAUUAUACCUGUUAUCAUUGUUGAUAUAAAUUAUUAAUUAAAAGCAGAAGUGAUGAACAAUCUUAAACAAAAAUAAUUUUUUAAAUCGAAUUAUGUAUCACCAAUAUAUGGUUUCUUGUUUUUAUCAAAUGUGACCAUUUGACCAUUUUUACUAUAUAUAUUUUUGUUAUGUAUAAAAAGUUUAUAACCUAUAAGCUUAUACAUUAUAACCUAUAAACUUAUACGAAAGCUUAUACAUCGAUGCAAUAAUAGGGACAUUAUUUCCUUAUGACACUUACAAUUCAUAUGUUGCUGCUAAAUAUCUGUUGUUAAAGUUAUAUAUGUUAAAAGUGAAAAGUGGUGAAUAGCCUUAAACUAACGUUAGUUACACGUCCAAACUUUAUUUUUUAUAUUCGCAUAUUGUAUACUUGCUUCCCGCUAAUUCUAACCGUCGUUGUACAGUGAUACCAAAUUAAAAAUAAAUAGAUCCAUAUAUCGAA